CAGUGUUUUGUAGUUUCUUUCUCCUUCCUAAACCUCUUUUUCUUUCUUUCUUGCCUAAUUUACCUUUCUCUGCAUUUUCUUUCCAUCAUCUAUCAAAAUCCUAAAAAAAAUUACGAAACCCUAAAACCAAAUUGUUCUUAGAUUUCACUUUAUUUCAUCUCUACAUGGCUAAUGCUGCUUGGGUAUGCGAUUUGAAUUCUGGAGACCAAUCUGAGGAUAGGUGCACAAUUGUGGAUGAUUCCAUGGUGGACAAGCGAUUCAGGGAUGGUGACAGCCAACUGGUAGAUGGCUUAUGCAUUGUCACUGGUGAGGUGACUUCAGAGUUUCCAGGCCUGCUAAUCAAAACUCGGGCUGUUUGGAAGAACUUUCUGGAGAUCAAGGGGAAAGCAUUUCUAGCUAAGAGGCCAAACCAAUGUAGUGUUCCGACGGGUGGUAAGCAGUUAAGAGGAGGGCUGACAGGAUCAAGAUCGUGUGUGCUUGGAUUUAUCAUAUCUGUGGUUAGUUAUGGUGGUAAUUGGGAAGAGGAAUAUACAGUGAAAUUAUUAAGAAUGUCUGAUGAGGGUACACUGAAAGGGCUUGUUUUUGCUUGUUUUUGCUUGGACCUAGUUGCUACACAAGUUGAAAGGGGUGGUGGUUCCCUGAAAUUAACAACCAAGGAGAUACGAGUUCUGAUGUUGUUGGUAGGGGCCAAGGGUUGGGACCUACCUUGGUCAGUUAUGGGAAAAAAUAGAUUCAUCUUAGAUGAGAGGUGGUGUAUGGGGCAGGUGAGUAGGAGAAGUGGUAUUAUUAUCUUUCUGGCUAUUGCCCUUGGGAAGAGCAUUUUUAUACUCAUCUUGGUCCUGGUGGCUUUAACUUCCACUGCCCCUACUCUCCUCUCUCAGUCUUCAAGUUUGGUUCUUCUUGAUGCCUCUUUUCGUAGGACUGUGUUAACUGUUGGUUGCAAGGUUGGUGAGGGUAGGGGUCAGAAUUUGGUAGCAUCUUCAUUUUGAUAAUUUGUAGUGGUUUGACAUGUGGGAGAAGGCACAGGUGGAUGACAGCAUAAUUUUUAUCUUUUCAUGACACCACAUGCAACCUUAGCAGUCAUAUAUUUGCCUCCAAGUAUGUAUUGGCAUCUUCCUUGGUGGUGCAACACUCUAUGGUUUUUUAUCCAUCUGAGCUCCUUAUACUUUUGGCCUGUGUAGUUUGUUUGGAAGUGUAAUUCUUGUUGGAGUGCUUAGCAGAAAUACUUUUGAGUGGUCAUGGUUUCAUGGGAAGUAGGCAGUUUCUUUGGAGCUUCUUCAAGGUGAUGGCAGCAAGAUUGCAAUCUUUCCAUCUCUCCAAACAUGUGUUCUGGUGGAUUCAUUCCAAUUUCUCAAGUGCUUUACCUUAUCAAAGAGACCAAUGGUGUUUAUGCAGCUUCCCUCACAUUUUCCUCCUAUUUGUGAUGUUGUCUUUGUUUUAGUCACAGUUGGUAUCUUUGUGGAGUUAUCACUGGCAACGCUUCUUGGUAGCCAUUGCUUUAAAGUGUCCUGCAGCAGUGAGGGGAACCCUUCUUCUAGUCAGCUACUUUGCUGGCUUGGAGUCAUUCCAAUUUCCGGAAGCUUUAUGCCAUAUUUUUAUCUUCUGUUUUCCUUUUUGUGAUGUUUUUUUAUCUAUGUUGCUCAGGUUUUUGCCUGUUUACUUCUUAUGUAGUGGACUAUUGAGGUUUGCUUAAAUGAAUAGUUUUUCUUUUGGCCCAGAAAAAAAUACUCAGCAGUGUACCAUAACAAACGAUGUGCUGUAUUCUUAAACCUGGAAUUGGGGCUUUGUAUAUUUUUGAUAAUUUGCAAUGAAACUGGUGAGUUUUUUGGCAGGAAAACAGAGAACAAGCAAGAGCAAUUACAGGAAUGGCAUUGGCUUUGACAUCAGAGGACAUCCAGCCAUAAUCAGCCGGAAUAAUUUGCCAUAACUGCA